AUGACCUCGACACGGAGCCUCGAUGUCAAUACUGUUGAUGAGGAGUGGAUCUGUUCGAAAAGGCUCGCUACGGAAAGCAGACUCUCGGCGGACUGGCAUGGUCCCUCUUCUGGCGAUGGUCCUGCCAGGUCAAGGCUUUCCAUCGUCGAGGACGUUGACUUUUCGAGAAUCCUGGACAAGGAGUUGACACCGACCAGACGUGUCUUUACCGUUUCAGCGUGCGGAAAGUUUGUCGUCGUUGUGACUGGCGGCGAUAUUUUGGUCUAUCGACUGUGGGACACCGAUCAAACCAUACUCCCGGUCGUUCGACUGGCCCCUGGUAUUCAGGUUCUGGAGGUCAGUAUGGACACUCGCUCGGACAGAUACUCUAUCGCGGCUCUCCUUGAAUGCCGCAUAGGCAUGCUAUGGGAUAUCAGCAGAGGUCCAGCAGACACACGUCGUCGCAAUGGCCCAGGCGAACCGCUCAAUUUGGGAUUGCAAACCGACAUCCAAAGUUCGGCCAGGAUCCCGGUCCCAAACCCACUUGCCUUUAAUCUACCCAUGCGAUCCGGUGAAUUGCUCGCGGCGGAUGCUGCUGACUCUGAGGUUUCACCUCUGGCCAUGUUGAGCAGCACUUCGUCACUGGGUUUCGACGAGCACUUCUCUGGACAGGACAACACACAAAGCAGCAACUCCACAGACGACUCGGAUGACGAGUAUGCUGGUGUGAGGAUACCGAUCCAGACUCGGCCAACAGCAAUAUAUACCGACCUUGGCAGCUCAGACGAUCUUCCGCGAAGCGUGGCCAUCUGCCCUAAUCGAAAGUGUGUUGCGUUCGGUUGUCGACUGGGCAUCGAGCUACACUGGGUCGACGCCCUCACUGGAGGUGACCUCAACCGCUGGUUUCCGCUCGCCGCCCCGAGCGACCAUUUGUACUUCUUGCCUCAGCGGCCUGGGAUUGACUCCAGGAAGAAGUUGAGGCUGAUAUCGAGCGCUGCAGGUCCGUUAGCGGCCCCGCCGCGCAGGAGCGAUGGUCUACCCACAACAUGGAAAUACUCGCCCGCAUCUGCCGCACACGGACGCCGCCAGAGCUUGACAAGACUAUUUUUUGGCAACUUACCCUUUCCCGAGUCAAAAGGCCCCCCUGGAAGCUCGUCCGAUUUCGAGCCACCGGUAGAAGGAGACGAAGCACGAGGAGGCUUGAGGACCGUCGAUUGCGAUCAUUUCCGUGCAGUCCCGAUCAGUGACGGCUCACACCUACUCUUUACUGAUCCUUCGACUGGGCUUCUGUGCCUGGGUAGCGAUGGCCCGUCUGGAGGACCGACAAAGCUCAUCCGGAAGGUCAUGUUUUCACCUCCACCGACGAAUGAGGGAGGAGACGGAAGCAUGCCACUGCUCUACUCUGCUGGACAGGCCCUUGAAUGGGGCCUGCGUGUUGUCGCCUUCCACGCCGAUGGACAUGUGGUGCUCUACAACGUCCCCUCGGACACAUUCCAGCAGAUUCAAGCGCUGCAAACCACACCUGACGCUUGGGACGAGAUGGAUUCGCAGACUCACACACGUCCCACAAGGUCGACGGGCCAUGACUCAGCCAACAGAUAUAUCAGCAUAACCGGUGCUAUCAUCACGCGCGUUGAAGAGGACUUGGUUGAUGGUCUGGCGGUUGACUCGGAAGGGGGAGGCUUCUCGCUCUGGACUUUCUAUCGAAGUGGCCGUGCCGAACUGCGCCACAUCUACUCGCCUAGCAACUUCCAGAAGAGGGUGAGAUACGUGGGAGACAAUGGUCUUGUCUACGAGGUUCAUGAUGAGGUGAAGAGCGACACCGAAGAAGCUUCUCCACAGCGUUGUGAAGAGAACACCCCCCAGGGCAAAGCUCCUCGACGUAUUCAGGUGAAAUGGGCGGGCGUGCACGGCGAUUCGAGCAUCUGA